AAGAGUCGUGUAUGACUCACCAAGCCACAUAAGGCCUUGCAUGUGCAGCAGAGUGCAACGAGAUUUUUUGCAGACAAAUAACGCAUAAGGAUGAUAAUUACAUCGCUUGGUAGAGAUGCCAGGUUUGCGGCCAUCCUCUUCUCGUGGCUGGUAGCAGAUACGAGUCACUUUUAUAGGGCUAAGGUCGCCGUCGUACUAUGAUGGUAUAGCGGAGAGGCUUGGUGGAGGUUUCAUUGCAAGCUGGGGUACUGGCGCCUGAUGGCCCCGGUUGUCUUCUGCCGCCUCGAAGCCGCUGCCGAACUGACACGCAGAGACUUGCUCGACCGUGAGGAAGCGUUCUUCGUUUCUGGAGGCCAUGAGGAGGGAUGUUCGCAUUCUUCUAGUCGGCGACGAGGGUGUCGGCAAGAGCACAAUAGUCACCUCUCUCAUUAAGGAAUCAUUUGUUCCCCAUGUCCAGCAUGUCGUUCCAGAGGUCACGAUUCCACCAGAAGUCACGCCGGAGAAUGUGACAACAUAUAUUGUGGACACUGGCAGCACCCCACAAGAUAGACAACAUUUGGAAUCCGAGAUACGCAAAGCCCAUGUCAUAUGCGUCGUGUACGCGAUAGACAACCCGAACUCGUUCGACCGAAUACCGACUUACUGGUUGCCAUGCUUCCGGGCACUAGGUGUGAAUGUUCCUGUCAUACUUGUAGGCAACAAGAUGGACUUGCGUGGCGGAGAGGUAACAAAUGAGGCCCUUGAGCACGAAGUCCUGCCUAUCAUGAACGAGUUCAAGGAAGUCGACACAUGUGUAGAGUGCUCCGCCAAGCUGCUCGUUAACGUUCCGGAAGUCUUCUAUCACGCGCAAAAGGCUGUUCUUCACCCGACCGCCCCUCUGUACGAUUCUCGGGACCACGUGCUCAAAAAGGAAUGCAUUGCUGCAUUGCGACGAAUAUUCAAGCUGUGCGACCUGAACAAAGACGGCGUUUUAGAUAAUGCUGAGCUUAACGAGUUUCAGAGGAAAUGUUUCGACACGCCGCUACAGGCGCAAGAAUUAGAAGGGAUCAAAGAGAUGGUCCAGGCCCACACUGCGGGCGGUGUGCGUGACGGUGGUUUGACAGAAGAUGGGUUCCUCUACCUUCUCACAUCCUUCAUACAACGGGGGAGACAAGAAACGACGUGGACGGUGCUACGGAAGUUCGGGUAUGGCGAGGACCUGAAGCUGACGGAAGACUUCCUAUAUCCGAAGUUUGACGUGGCUCAUGACUGCUCCGUCGAGCUGAGCCCACAAGGGGUCAAGUUUUUGACGGAAGUCUUUAAUGCUUUCGACAAAGAUAGCGACGGGGAGCUGAAUCAAACUGAACUGGACGACUUAUUCAGCACCUCGCCGGGGAAUCCCUGGGCAAACAAUAAGUUUCCCGAUACCACUGUCACCAGCGAGACCGGGCAGAUCAGCCUACAGGGAUGGCUCGCUCAAUGGAGCAUGACGACUCUUCUCAACCACCGAACAACUUUGGAGUACCUUGCAUACCUUGGGUACCCCGACAUGCCCCGAACAUCUGCUCUGCAAAUUACCCGCCCGAGAAAGAGUGAUCGGAGGAAAGGAAAGCUGACCCGAAACGUCCUUCUAGGCUACGUAUGUGGCGCUGCGGGAUCUGGCAAAACGUCGCUUUUGCGUGCAUUUGUCGGACGCAAGUUCAGCGAAACGUACGAACCAACGAAACGCAUGAACAGCGUGGUCCGUGGCGUCGACCUUGAUGGGCGGGAAGUUUACCUUGUGCUACAAGAAUUUGGCUCGCGGUACGAGGCGGAGGUGCUGAAAAGCUCGAAGAAGACAGAGAUGGCGGACGUAAUCAUCUAUGUGCACGAUUCAAGCGACACGAACUCCUUUUCCUACAUCAGCAACCUGCGUCAACAAUACAGCCUCGACCACACACCAGCCGUCUUCGUUGCAACAAAGUCUGACCUCGAUCUUGCCCUGCAGCGACACGAGGUACAACCUGACGUAUACUGCGAACGGUUGAAUCUUGUGGUGCCUUUUGCUGUCAGCGUCAAAGCCGGUGAAACGGCGGACCUCUUCCGCCGCAUAUGCCAGACUGCGAUCGAUCCGUUCAACCCUAAUGCCUUUCCUGGCCGUGCUGAUCGCGUGGUGUCUGCGGCGGCGCGGUUUAGAAGUGUUGUCACGAUGGGUGCUGUGCUCGGGGGAGUUGCAACGGGCCUGUUGUUCGUCUACCGGACGUUUAGCAGACCAGGUGCAUUUGGACCUGGCUGGAUCGGACAGUGGGCCAAUUGGUUGUUUGGGACUGCUCGGAGAGAGCUAUAGAAUCGUUUACUAUGUCGGCUGCUCGUUGUGUACCUAUCCUUGAGCUCUAUUAAUCUGCUGUGCUUGUUGGUCAGGCAGAGAGCGAUUUGG